CAAUACUAAUUUAUUUUCCAAUGGCAAUAUUUCAAUUAUGCUCCAACAAUAUUAUGUUUCUCUUUAUAUUAUGGAUUUUCCCUAUGCUAUCAAUUACUGCCAAUUCUAAUCCAAAUUGGCAUUGCAAGAAGCAUUACACAUUAGCUAAUUGGUUAAACCAUGGUGGUGAUUUGUACAAUCAAAGAAAUGCGUAUGGUGAAAAGAAAAUUAACCCUAUGAGUGCUUCAAAGCUGAGGUUAAAAUGGGAAUUCAAAGCCGGAAAAGAUAUAACGGCGACUCCAGCAAUCUACGCUGGAAUAUUAUAUUUUCCUAGUUGGAAUGGAAAUAUAUAUGCAGUUAGAGCUGACGAUGGAGUUUUAGUAUGGAAAAAAAGUAUGGAAGAAUUGACUGGAAUUAGCGGAAAAUUUAAUGCAUCGAUAGUGGCAAAUGUGACAAGUAUAGUGGCAAGAGCAACACCGAGUGUUGUAAGUGAUAGGGAUAUGGUGAUUGUUUGUGUCUAUGGACCAAGUUUGGCUCUUGCAUUAAAAAGAAGUAAUGGUGAUCUUAUUUGGAAAACAAAAUUGGAUAAUCAUCCUCUUAGUGUUGUUACUAUGUCUGGGACAUACUACAAGGGAGCUUUUUACGUGGGAGUCUCAUCGCUAGAAGAAGGUGCUGAAGCCGACGAAUGUUGUUAUUUUCGCGGUAGCUUCCUCAAGUUAGAUGUUAAAACUGGAAAAAUCCUAUGGAAAACCUUCAUGCUGCCGGAGAAUGGCGGUAAAAGUGGCGGUUAUUCUGGCGCCGCGGUAUGGGGAAGCAGCCCUUCCAUUGAUUCGCGAAGAAACCACGUCUACAUUGCCACUGGAAACCUAUAUUCCGUCCCUAAACGCAUCGAGGAAUGUCAACAGGAGCAGAAUCAACAGAACCAUACGAAUAAUCCGACUCAACCCAACCCCUGUAUCGAGCCUGAGAACCACUCUGACUCGAUUUUGGCUUUGGAUUUGGAUUCAGGGAAGAUCAAAUGGUACAAACAACUUGGAGGAUACGAUGUUUUUAUUCUAGCAUGCUUAAAUUCAACGAACCCUAAUUGUCCACUUGGUCCCAACCUUGAUUAUGAUUUCGGAGAAGCUCCGAUGAUGAUAAGUGUGGUUGUUAAUCAGACGAAGAAGGUAGACAUUGUAGCUGCAGUGCAGAAGAGUGGAAUUGCAUGGGCACUGAAGCGUGAUAAUGGCGACAUCUUAUGGUCUACGCAAGCAGGUCCUGGAGGUGUAAGCGGAGGAGGUAUAUGGGGAUCAGCCACAGAUACAAAGAGGGUAUACACUGGCAUAGCCAACAGCAAUAACGUAAACUACACAUUGUCUCCAUCGACGAAUGUGACCACAGGUGGAGCGUGGGUGGCGAUGGAUGCUAGAACAGGCGAAAUCCAAUGGACAACAGCAGUUCCAAACCGACGUAGAUCAAACCCUGUGACUAUUGCCAAUGGUGUGUUGUUAGGUGGUGCAACGGAUCCGCGAGGCCCUGUCUACGCCAUUGACGCGAAAACAGGGAAGAUAUUGUGGUCGAAUGAGACCGGUGCAACGGUAUACGGGGGUGUGUCAGUGAGCAAUGGUUGCUUUUAUGUUGGCCAUGGUUACAAGGUUAAUUUAGGAGCCUUUAAUCCUAUCACCACUGGCGGAACUUCACUAUUUGCCUACUGUGUAUGUUGAAAUGCCAAAGAAUAUUUAUUGUAUAUUUGUAAUGAAUAACUGCAUUUGUUGCAGCAGAAAAUAUCUAAAUAAAGAAACCUGUGUUCUCUCUAA